GGGUGAACGAGAGAGCAGGAGAACAAAUGGACGAGAGGAGACGAUGGGGCGCUGGGGAGAUGCUCGCUAAAUGACUGAGGCUGACGGAGAGAGUGAGGUUCAACCCGGUGGGAUCGGCUGGUCUGCGAGUAAAGCAGGUGUCUGUCUUCUCUGACGUUUCAAAAUGGAGUCCUCUCACCUCCUGGGCAGCUCUAAGAAGAGAGUGAAGAUCCACCCUCACACUGUCACAGCCAAAUACGCCACGCACGCCCCGUACUCCCCUCAGCCUGGGGUGCACACACACUUCCCUCAACCUGGGGACGAAGGCUACGACGAUGCUCCGUCUUUUGAGGACUUUGGCUCUUUCCUGGAGGAGACGUCAGACAGGAAACAGCUGACGGAGAGCAAGAGGUGGCCCCUGACUCUGUUCGGCUCCAAAGACAAGGAUACGGCCCACAAACCUCAGGCUGCCGCGGGGGCAGAUGGGAGCGAGGUGGCGGCCAAAGCAGCAAAGGGGUCUGGGAGAGGGGUAGGGGAACAGCUGGCCAGUUUUGGGGAGGCCUCUGUGUCUGCCUCUCGUCUCACCUGGGUGGGGCUGCUCUGCGCCGCGCUGGCUCACGGCUGUUUGAUCGUUCUGACCCGCCUGGCCUCCGAACGCUUCAGCCUCGGCCCCCUGUUUCUGCUCUUAGUUCGAUCCAUCUUCCAGCUCCUCUCUUUGGCUGUACCACUGCACAGGGGGGAGAACCCCUUCGGACCAGAGGGCUACCGCCUACGGCUGUUCUGUUACGGCAUGGCCUACUCGCUCUCCCUCUGCUGCGCCUACUCAUCGUUAACCUUUGUCUCUCCCGGAAAUGCCACGACGACCUGGCGCCUGGCCACCACGGCGCUGUCGGCGACCCUGGCCUUCCUGCUCCUUGAGGAGAGGCUGGGAUUGCCUGAUGGGAUCACCAUAGCUGCAGGGCUGUGUGGUUUGGGCCUUGUGUUACUUCCCACAGUAGAUGAGAGCAACUCAGAUUCACAGACCGACCCGGUUGUGUUCUGGAGAGGUGCUUUCGGCUGGUCUCUCUCUGCGCUCGCAGGACUGUGGAUGGCACUGGCGCUGGUCGGGUACCGUUCCCUGAAGGACAGGGUGGGAGUGGGCACAGCCUUGUUCACAGUAAGCUGGACCGGCUGCCUGCUCGCCCCAGCCUCCUUGUUUGUUCUCCAGGAGGGUUGGUCCUGGCCCGUGAGUGCCCCAGCUUGGGGCCUGGUCCUGGGCCUGGUAGCCUGCUCGGUGGGAGCCUUCCUGGGGAUGACGCACGCGCUCACACGCCUCCAUCCGGCUCUGGUGUCCGCCUCUCAGAGUCUGGAGGUACCCGUGGCCAUGCUGCUGCAUCUGGCCGUGCUGCCAAUGGUUCCCACUGCGCCAGAGGUCGUCGGGAGCAUGAUGAUCAUACUCAGCGUUGUUUGGCUGGUGGUGAUGAAGCUGCUCCCCUCCCGAGGGGGCGGGCGGCGCCAGCGGGAGGAAUAUGAAGAGAUUCUGGAUUCGCCCAUCAAAUAA